AAUGAUGACAACCUGUGUUUCCUGUGGAGUCAUGUGAGACAUCUGAAUCCUAAGGCUAGAAGAGCAACUACUAUCACACAGAAAGAUAGGGAAUUCAUAACGAACCUGGACUAUGACGGUAUAGACUUCCCCGUGAAGAUAAGUGACAUUGAUAGAAUUGAGAGGAAAAACAGUAUUAACAUAUCCGUGUUCGGUUACAAGGGUAAAAAACAGUUCUACCCCAUAAGGAACUCGAAGUCCGCAUACGAGGAUCAUAUGGAACUUCUACUCCUAGGUGAUGGUCCUUCAGAUGUAGGGAAAUGA